UGAUAGCUAGCUUUACCCCAGUCUACCUACAUACCUAUCCAUUCAUUCAUUUACCUUCACAUCCUCCCUACCCCCUCUCACCCCUCCCAACACACCGAAAUAAAAGAAGAGAAAAGAAAAGAGAAAAGAACCAUGACCUCCCACCGCGCCGACGCCAGCACCUUCCUCGACAACCGGGGCUACAGCGGCCCCCUAGUACGCGGCGUGAACCCAGCGACGCUCUUCGAAAAAGCCGUUCGGGACCGGAUCACAGACUCCUACUACUGGAAAGAGCAAUGUUUCGGGCUCAACGCCGCGACACUCUGCGACCGGGCCGUGGAACUGACCUGCAUCGGGGGCGUAUACGGCGUAUCCGAAAAGCCAUCGCCAUUCCUCUGUCUCGCAUUCAAGCUCCUCCAACUCAACCCAGAACGGGACAUUAUCCUUGAGUAUUUGAAUUUCAGCGAUCCUGCGAACGACGACAACAAUGAUGAAUCCUACGAGGAGGGUAACGGGGUAGUCAAAGCGCGCGGCGACUUCAAAUACCUGCGCGCGCUCGCGGCGUUCUACGUCCGAUUGACGUUCGAGCCGGUGGAGGUGUACAAGACGUUGGAACCGUUGCUGUUGGAUUAUCGGAAGUUGAAGAGACGGGUGCGCGAUUCGUUUACGUUGACGUAUAUGGAUCAGUUUGUGGAUGAGUUGUUGACCAAGGAGAGAGUUUGUGGUACGAGUUUGUGGAAGUUGCCUGCUAGGCAGGUUUUGGAGGAUUUGGAUUUGUUGGAGGUUAGGGUUAGUCCGUUGCAGGAUGAGUUGGAGGAGAUGGAGAGGAGUGAUCGGGAGGAUGAGGAUGAGGAGGAUGGUGGUCGUGAUGAUGAGGGGAGUGAGGAGGGGGAGAGGCAGGGUGAUGAUUGAGAUGUCCGGCUUGGUGUCUGUUGAUAUUUUUUUUGACCUCUUUUCUGGGCUAUUGGCCCGAGUACGCUCACGGGAUGCUGCAUAAAAGCCUGGAUCCCUGGGGCUGUCGGCUAGACGGUGUUCGGCUGAUGGCUAUCAGAUCCGUGUGGUAGUCCACCGGUUGCGCCGUUCAGCGCCUACUUAGCUGCUGCUGUGCGGCCGUGCGGAAACCCGCUCCGGCGACACCUACGUUCGGUGAAACGAUACGUGAAGCGACAGGCUACUGCUGCGGCUACGGAUGUACGCGCCUGGUCAAACUUGGUCCUCGUGGGAUACUAUUGAGUAGAUUGCUCAAUUUUGGAAUGCGCUGAGAUAGCCUCCAUUAAAACACAAAGCAUGGCAUAGUCGGCAAUAGAAGGAAUGAAACAGCCUCCCAUAU